CAUCCAUACACAUUCCUCUGAGACGCCAUGUUCAACUCCAUGACCCCACCACCAGUCAGUAGCUAUGGUGAGCCAUGCUGUCUCCGACCCCUCCCCAGCCAAGGGACUCCCAGCAUGGGGACAGAAGGACUAUCUGGUCUGCCCUUCUGCCAACAGGCCAACCUCAUGUCCAGUCCCCAUAGUUAUGGACCAACCAGAGAAACCAACAGCUGCACUGAGGGGCCACUCUUUCCUCCUCCCCGGAGUGCAGUGAAGCUGACUAAGAAGCGGGCACUUUCCAUCUCACCUCUGUCAGAUGCCAGCCUGGACCUGCAGACAGUCAUCCGCACCUCGCCCAGCUCCCUUGUGGCCUUUAUCAACUCACGCUGCACAUCUCCAGGAGGCUCCUAUGGCCAUCUCUCCAUUGGCACCAUGAGCCCAUCUCUGGGAUUUCCAGCCCAGAUGAAUCACCAGAAAGGGACCUCAUCUUCUUUUGGGGUCCAGCCCUGUGGUCCUCAUGACUCUACCCGGGUUGGGAUGAUGUCACAUCCUCAGUCCCGGGGGCCCCUCCCCACUUGCCAGCUGAAGUCAGAAUUGGACUUGCUGGUUGGCAAGUGCCAGGAGGAAUCCUUGGAAGGGAAUAUGUCCAGCCCCAACUCCACAGGCACACAGGAUCCUCUGUUGGGGAUGUUGGAUGGGCGGGAGGACCUGGAGAGGGAAGAGAAGCCCGAGCCUGAGUCUGUGUAUGAGACUGACUGCCGCUGGGAUGGCUGCAGCCAAGAAUUUGACUCCCAAGAGCAGCUGGUGCACCACAUCAACAGUGAGCACAUCCAUGGAGAACGGAAGGAGUUUGUGUGCCACUGGGGGGGCUGCUCCAGGGAACUGAGGCCCUUCAAAGCCCAGUACAUGCUGGUGGUGCACAUGCGCAGACACACAGGCGAGAAGCCACACAAGUGCACGUUUGAAGGAUGUCGCAAGUCAUACUCACGCCUUGAGAAUCUGAAGACACAUCUGCGGUCACACACGGGUGAGAAGCCAUACAUGUGUGAGCACGAGGGCUGCAGUAAAGCCUUCAGCAAUGCCAGCGACCGUGCCAAGCACCAGAAUCGGACUCAUUCCAAUGAGAAGCCUUAUGUAUGUAAGCUCCCUGGCUGCACCAAACGCUACACAGACCCCAGCUCAUUGCGAAAACAUGUCAAGACAGUGCAUGGUCCUGACGCCCAUGUGACCAAGCGGCAUCGAGGGGAUGGGCCUUUGCCCCGGGGACCAUCCCUUUGUACAGUGGAGCCCAAGAGGGAGCGAGAAGGAGGCCCCAUCAGGGAAGAGAGCAGACUGACUGUGCCAGAGGGCGCCAUGAAGCCACAGCCAAGCCCUGGGGCACAGUCUUCCUGCAGCAGUGACCACUCCCCAGCAGGCAGUGCAGCCAAUACAGACAGUGGUGUGGAAAUGACAGGCAAUGCAGGGGGCAGCACUGAGGACCUGUCCAGUUUAGAUGAAGGCCCCUGCAUUGCCGGCACUGGACUUUCCACUCUACGCCGCCUUGAGAACCUCAGAUUGGACCAGCUGCAUCAACUCCGGCCAGUGGGGCAUCGGGGUCUCAAACUGCCCAGCUUGACCCAAACUGGCACUCCUGCGUCCCGCCGUCUGGGCCCCUCUGUCUCUCUUGACCGCCGGAGCAGCAGUUCAAGCAGCAUCAGCUCUGCCUAUACUGUCAGCCGUCGCUCCUCCCUCGCCUCUCCUUUCCCUCCUGGGUCUCCACCCGAGAACGGGAUAUCUUCCCUGCCUGGCCUCACGCCUGCCCAGCACUACCUGCUCCGGGCAAGAUAUGCUUCAGCCAGGGCAGGUGGUACCCCACCAACCACAGCACCCAGCCUGGAUCGGAUUGGGACCCUUCCUGUACCUCCUUGGAGAAGCCGAGCUGAGUAUCCAGGAUACAAUCCCAAUGUAGGGGUCACCCGGAGGGCCAGUGACCCAGCCCGGGCUGCUGACCGCCCUGCUCCUGCCAGAGUCCAGAGGUUCAAGAGCCUGGGCUGUGUCCACACACCCCCUUCUGUAGCAGGAGGACGGAAUUUUGAACCCCAUGUCCCAACCUCAGUCUAUUCACCACAGCCCCCCAGCAUCACUGAGAAUGUCACCAUGGAUACCAGAGGGCUACAGGAGGAGCCAGAGGUUGGAACUUCUGUUAUGGGCAGUAGCCUGAACCCUUACAUGGGCUUCUCAUCCGCUGAUACUCUGGGAUAUGGGGGGACUGAAGGACCAGCAACUGAGCCAUAUGGAGCCAGGGGUCCAGGUUCUCUGCCUCUUGGGCCUGGUCCACCCACCAACUAUGGCCCUGGCCCCUGUCCCCAACAGGUCUCCUACCCUGACCAUACCCCAGAAACAUGGAGUGAGUACCCUUCCCACUCUGGGCUGUACCCAGGCCCCAAGAUCACAAGUGGAGCCUAUAGCCAAUGUCCUCGACUUGAACAUUAUGGACAAGUGCAAGUCAAGCCAGAACAAGGGUGCCCAAUAGGGUCUGACACCACAGGACUGGCACCUUGCCUCAAUGCACACCCUAGUGAGGAACACCCAUGCCCACCGCCGCCAUUCUCCCACUAUCCCCAGCCUCCUCCCCCUCAAUAUCCCCAGACAGGCUCCUACCCUCAGCCACCUCCUGAUUAUCUCCCUUCAGAAUCCAGGACUGGCCUGGAUUUUGAUUCCCCUGCCCAUUCUACGGGACAGUUCAAAGCCCAGCUAGUGUGUAAUUAUGUUCAGUCUCAGCAGGAACUGCUUUGGGAGGGUGCAGGCAGGGGAGAGGCCCCAGGCCAGGAACUUCCUUACCAGAAUCCUAAGUUUUUAGGGAACUCCCAGGUUAGCCCAAGCCCUGCCAAAGCCCCAGUUCCCACUUAUGGACCUGGAUUUACACCCAACUUACCCAAUAACAAAUCAGCAUCCUACCAUAACCCUUCACUAUGCCAUGAAAAUUUUUCAGUAGGGGCAAAUAGAGCAUCCCAUAGGGCAGUGGCACCACCCCGGCUUCUACCUCCAUUGCCUACUUGCUAUGGGCCCCUCAAGGCAGGAGGUGCUAACCCCAGUUGUGGUCAUCCCGAGGUGGGCCGGCUGGGUGGGGGUCCUGCCUUGUACCCUCCUCCAGAAGGGCAGGUGUAUAACCCUCUGGACUCUCUUGAUCUUGACAACACUCAGCUGGACUUUGUGGCAAUUCUGGACGAGACCCAGGAGUUGAGUCCUCACCCUUCCCAUGAUCAGAGUGAUACCUCUGAACACACCCCACCUCCGUCUGGGCCUCCCAACAUGGCUGUGGGCAAUAUGAGUGUUUUACUGGGAUCCUUACCUGGGGAGACACAAUUCCUCAACUCUAGUGCCUGAAGGGUGAGGAAUCUAGUCCAUCAGAUCUCCAUUUCCUAAAGGGUUUCCAUCUCUCCAGAGGAGUCAGGGAAAAGUCAUAGCCCACUACAUAAGAUGCUCCAGGGUUGGGACACAAGGGAUUGGGCAAUAUAUAGUCCGUAUAUGUAUUGGGGAGGAAUUUGAUAAUGACACUGUUUCCUGAUAAUAAAGGAAGUACAUCAGAAAGAA